GUUCAAACAAAAUGAUAAUUGAGCCAAACCUGGAGUUAUGAAACAGUCACCAUUUCUAGAGCACCAUGGUCACAAAUUCCAGACCAAUUUUUAUGACGCACGCUUUCCCUAAUCGAAGCAAGCAUUUGAAAAUUGGAUCAUAUUCGAACCACUACGCUUAUUUUUUGCUUCCCUUCACUGUCACUGUCGGUUCCUUUGCUUUUAUUUUCAAUUUCUUUUCUCCCAUCUUCAUACUCCAUGUGCACUGUUCUUCAACCUCUCGCUGUUUCCCUGCUACAAUCUCCAUGGAGAGACAGACAAGUUUCUCCUUUAAACGCACAAGAUUCUUUGUGUUCUAUUUGACAGUCUCUUUCUCCAUUAUCUUUCUUACCUUUUUCUCCAUUUGGGUUUUCAAAACUGACCCUUUAUUCAUCAAUCAAGAAACUCGUUUCCAGUUCAGUGAGAUUCAAUCCUCCUCCCUCACUUCUGUUCGCAACUCCCCCACUCAGAACUCGUCAACACGUUUAGUGGCAGCAACUGUGGUAAAUCUGAAUCAUACCCUUUUUGGUAAACUCUUAAAUACAUCACAAACUCCCAACAUUUCCUUCAGUUUUGAUGGGUUUCAGAAAAAAUCAAGUGGGAGUCAACUGCCAAAUCUGGUUUCACACAAGAUUGAAGCUGUAAAUGGUACCAACUUUUCUGGUUUUGAUGUCAAUAGUUUGUUUAGGAAAGUGAACAUAUCAGGUUUGAUAGCUUUGAAUCACUCGAAUCCUCAAAAUAACUCCAAGGAUUCAGUCUCUGAAAGAUGGCGUUUAAAACCAAAAGUUCCAUUAAGUCGAGGGAUUCACAAGAUUCAGGAAGAAAAGGAUGAAAAAGCUUGUGAUGUUACAAAAGGGAGAUGGGUUUUUGAUGAGAGUUACCCUCUCUACUCUGCUUUUGCAUGCCCUUUUAUAGAUGAAGCUUUCAAUUGUGAGGCCAAUGGGAGAUUGGACAAAGAUUAUAUGAAGUGGAGGUGGAAGCCUCAAGAUUGUGACAUUCCAAGGUUCAAUGCAACAAACAUGCUGGAAUUGAUCAAAGGAAAAAGACUAGUGUUCGUGGGUGAUUCAAUCAAUAGGAAUCAAUGGGAAUCCAUGCUAUGUUUGUUAAUUACUGCCAUAAAGGAUCCAAAGAGGGUCUAUGAGGUUCAUGGACGCAGGAUAACCAAAGACAAGGGAAACUAUUGUUUCAAAUUUGUGGAUUACAAGUGUACAGUUGAAUACUAUGUCUCCCAUUUCUUGGUUCGUGAAGGCAAGGCAAGAGUUGGCAAGAAACGCUUGCAGACCUUGCGAAUUGAUACUGUCGAUAAAGGCUCAUCUAGAUGGAAAGGAGCUGAUGUCUUGAUCUUCAACACCGCACAUUGGUGGAGCCAUUACAAAACCAAAUCUGGGGUGAAUUACUAUCAGGAAGGAGACACUGUUGUACCUCAUCUUGAGGUGUCAACAGCUUUCAAGAAAUCUAUGAUAACUUGGGCAUCAUGGGUUGAUGAAUACAUAAAUCCAAGAAAAACACAAGUUGUUUUUCGAAGUUCUGCACCUUCCCAUUUCGCGGGAGGGGAAUGGAAUGCGGGCGGUCAUUGUAAAGAAGCUUCUCAACCCCUCAAUCGAACUGCAAGCAGCAUCUAUCCAGCAAAGAAUGCCAUUGUUGAAGAGGUAAUACAGCAGAUGAAAACUCCUGUCAAGAUCUUAAACAUAACUAGUUUGUCAGAUUACAGAAUAGAUGGUCACCCAUCAAUUUAUGGAAGGAGGAGGGGUAGUACCGUGAGAGGUGAAGAUUGCAGCCAUUGGUGCUUACCUGGAGUUCCAGAUAUCUGGAAUCAGUUCUUGUAUGUUCAUCUGCAAUCUAAGGUUAGAAACAGUUAUAUGCAGUGAAUCAAUAUUUUUUUUUUCAAACUUGCUGUCACAUAUUUGCAACACUACAUAAUUGGGAAAAUUUGUCUAGUCAA